GCGGAGCUGUCGGGGCGGGAGGGGACACGUCAACUUGCUUGUUCCUUUCCCUCUCCGGUCUGUCGGUAUUCCCACAAGCACGCUCCGCUAGUGCCCGGUGAGGGUGUGGGAAUGGAAUCGGAGAAGAUGGAUGAGAAUGAAUGGAGUUAUCACGGGGAGGGAAACAAAAGCCUGGUAGUGUCACACGCUCAGAGCUGUGUGGUUUUGCGUUUCCUUAAGUUUCUCCCCAACAUAAAUAAGAGCACAGAAGAAGUCUAUCAGCACCUGCACAAUAUUCUAGAUUUCGGCAAACACAUAAUGAAGCAGUUCCUGGGGGAAAACUACGUGCAUCAUGGGGAAGUGGUCAAGUUGCCUCUGGAUUUUUUGAAACGCUUAUGUUUAAAGGUUCAGUCAGAGAGACCCGAAUCUCGCUGUGAGAAAGAGAUGGAUGUGAGUGGUUAUGCUAUGUGCCUUCCUAACCUCACCCGACUGCAGACUUUCCCUUUUUUAGAAUGCAGGCCCAUCUUCUGUAUAGAGAUUAAGCCUAAAUGCGGUUUCAUUCCAUCUUCUGCCCAUAUCACAAAGGAGAUCAAAAAGAAAAUCUGUCGCUUCUGCAUGCACCAACAUCUAAAGGUUGCCAAAGGAAAGUGGAAAAGAAUCAGCAAAUAUUGCCCGCUGGAUCUCUUCUCGGGAAAUAAGCAGAGAAUGCACUUUGCCUUGAUGAAUCUGCUGCAGGAGUCCCAAAAUAAUCUCAAGAUAUUUAAGAAUGGUGAAUUAAUUUAUGGAUGUAGAGAUGACCAGGAGCACUUUUUAGACAUAAAUGAACUUGCUCACCACUUGAAGCCAUUUCUUUUUCCUGCCAGUGGAUUAAUCAGUGGACCUCAAUGCCCAAAAACUGUUGUGAAAGAGUUAAUCCACAUCCUGACGACAGUCCUGCUAAAUAACAGCACAGACACGGCCAGAGCAGCAAACAUCAUGCCUUUUAUUCCCUUGUCCCAGGGAAGGAACUACUGCGAAGCCAGCCAUUUCUGCCCAGACCUGUUAAACAGUAAACACGUGACCGAGGCGACAGGGCUGCCUAAAGGGUGCAUCUUGUACAAGACUCUGCAGGCUCAGAUGCUGGACAUGCUGGACAUUGAAGGGCUCUACCCACUGUACAAGAGAGUGGAGAAGUACCUGGAGGAGUUCCCUGAGGAAAGAGGCACACUACUACUGGAUGGACCAUAUGAUGAGACAUUUUUUGAGAAGUUAAAAGACCUUUCUCUGGAAGAUGAUGGCAGUAUAUCAUACGCAGCGACCAAGAUCCAGCAGUACAGAGUGGCAAUGACGGCUAAAGAUUGCUCCAUCAUGAUCGCCCUUUCCCCCACUGUACAGGAAGAAUGCUUGGAUCCCCGCUCUGUGAUUAGGAGCUCCAAAUCCAGUUUUAUUCAUUCUGUGUCCAUCCUGGAUUUGGACCUCAAGCCGUACGAAAACAUUCCGCACCAAUACAAAAGGGACAGUAAGAUUGUGAAUCAUUACUUGAAGAGUAUAAAGGCCCAAGAGGAUUCUAUAAACCUGUAUAAGAAAAGUGAGGACUGCACCCUUCUGCUACAGAAAGUAUAAUAUUGACUUUGUUUUAUCCCUCCCAAUUUGGAACUGUGAAUAUGCUAACCCCUUUGCGGCUGAAGUCAUUUCAUCAGGCGUCUUCACCCAGAUACUUGCAGCGUGAUUGGCUUUUGGCCAUAAAUACAUGUCUUGCACUUGCAAAGGGGCCAAUAUCUGGCAUUGCUGCUGCUGUCUGCAAUGAGCUUGUAUUGUGGACUUAAGUGACGGCCUACAGCUGCCCUACUUGGGCACUUUCAUAGAGUACAAAAGGGUUCUAUGCAUUGAAGGGCAGAGCCCACCAAUUAAUUUAAUUUAAAUGUCCUGCCUGUUUGAUACAAGAUGACUGCUAACUAAAUGAAACUUUUUUUUAUACAGAAUUAAGGCAAACAUCUGUCCCUGUGCAUUCAUGCUGCUGCUCUCCUAUUGAGUGCCUCCAGCGCUACAGAUCGGAGCCCUACAGUGGCCCGUGCAGUGUUAGUUCUCAGACUCAGAAAUAAUCUCUCUACUUGCAUUGUUUUGCUUCUCUGCAGCUUCCCGGGUAACUGGUUUAGAUGCAUCCUUAAUAUUGCAACAAAACUGCUUUACAGCGUUUCAUGCAUUACACCAAAGCCAGUCGGGUCCCUCACUCGAACCUCUGGCUCUAAUGGCACUAAUUCUGUGCAUGUCAUCCCCAGCUACCUUUCAUUAACAGUCCAAAUACUUGAAUAUAUUCUAAAGCAGUGCUGUCCAACUUCUAUGGUACUGAGGGCCAGAGUUUUUCUGGCCUAAGUGCUGGAGAAACGAUCACAGGAGCCAGUUUUGACCACUUUCUUUUUUAAACCACACCCAUGUUAUCACAAGAGCUUUUAAGACCGUAUCUACAUUAAUGGAGGUAGCGUAGCAAAAACCCAAAUGGUUUGUGUUCAAUGCAGGGGUAUCACCCAUCACUCCUAUGUAAAAGACGUGGAUAGUGGACCCCCAGCACAGACAGAUCACACCACAUAGUGGCACAGUGGUUGUUGCAGCUAAACCUGGGCCAGAGACCCUGGUAAUGAGGAGUAUGACACCGGAGCCAUAUGACUGUAGUUACAAGUCUCUAAUAAGCCUUCCAUUUACUAAGUAAAUUGGUUAUUCUGGAAAUGUCAAUAGUGUGAAGGGUGUAACAAGAGGAGGCAAUUGAUUUUAAUCUCGUAUAAUUGUACAGAUCCUGUCCCGUUCCCAUAAAAGCAACAGGUGGCCACUGGAUUUCAGCCAUUUGUGUUAGCAGGCAUUCUAAUUUGUCCGUUUCUUUUCCCUGUAGCUACAGUUCCCAUAAGUAAAUAAUUACAGUUGUAGGCCUUGUAUGAGCUAACCGGACCUAGUAGGGAGGCCCAUCAAGGCCUUUACACACCCCCCCCCCCCCCCCCCCCGGCCAGGAGCACAAAACCCAUUUGCAUGAUAUAUGUUGUAGAUCUGUCCUGUGAUCGUGUGGGUGUGGCAGAUGGACUAGGUUGGCCAUGUUUGGGCUUUGGAAUUUGCGCUGAGGUGCCAAUGGCUGGUAUUGUUUCUAACCCUUAUUGUGCUAAACAGCAGGGAGGGACAGUCUGCUUCAGAUAUAUGUGGGAUCCAUUUGCAAACAAGUUUUAACUGAUGUUAUUAAAGUGCAUGUCAUUGGGUGUGUAUCUUACCCUAUUUUUAUACAUUAUUUUUGGAGCACUGGUCAUGUGACCUCACUGCCCAUUGUCCCAUACAUGACGAAUUCUGAUUUUUAGGAGAAAGACUACAAAUGAAUUGUGAUGGUGGAAUGGUGCAUGAAAUCAUUCAGCGUAUGUGCCUGCAGCAUGGGCCUCUCUGUAACAGUAGGUUUUCUAUGGUUUAUAACUCCCCCAAUAGACAAGGGUGCAGACCCUCACACAUUGUUACAGUUGAACAUUUUACUGUAGGCCAGACACAGUAUUGUUAGAAAUACUUUCCCUUUAUCUGCCAAGUCUCUGGCACCCUAUCUGGAAUAUACUGUUGCACCUACUGGCGACUGACUGCCCCCCAGUACUGAAAGGCACGUUUCCAUUACUAUGAGAAGCCGUUAUUCCCCGGCUCCCAUGCUGCUAAUAACUUAGCAACGUUUUCCUUCUGGAAUUGCCUGAAACAUUUUUUUUGUGUCCUUAGAUCGUAAUUUAUUGUUAAGUUUUGCUUGGUUUUAUAAAUUCAGGGCCAUGUAUGCUAAAUAGGAAUCCUGACGCAGGAAAUGUUCCCAUCUGUGGGAUUCCUAGCUAUAAAUAUAUAUUAUUAUGAGACAAACUGUAUACAUAUGAAUGUGAUAUGAGUGUUGGUUUGGCUUAAAUGGCAGAAAAACCCCUGUAUGCAAAUAUUUUUGGUUGAGUAAUUACAGCCCACAGAGCUAAUGAGCUGGACUAGCACAUACUUUCCCAACAGCACAAAUUUAUUAUGAGGAAACUCAAAAUGGGGGCUUUAGUGACUCCGCGGUCACCAAGGAACUGCUAUCUGAUUGGCUCUGAGGGGUGCAGUGUUACUGCUAUCAGUCGAUUCUUGCAGUUGGGCAUUGCCAAGUGCUGCUCUUAUUCCUGGCAAUGUGGUGCUCAGCCUAUUGGCACAGGCCGGUCUGCGUGCCAGUAUGUACUGCUAUCAGUCUGAUUCUUGCAGUUGGGCGUUGGCGAGUACUGUUUUUACUUCUGGCAAUGUGGUGCUCUGGCACAGGCCAGUCUGCAUGCCAGUAUGUACUGCUGCCAUAGGUCAGGUCACUUUCUGGAGAAGUGGGAAUUGCUUUGAUAAAUACUGUUGUGAUUCGUUCAGCUGAGCCGCAGGCCACACUGUUUUUAUGCUGUAACCGCUGCUAGUUAUAAAUUAUUGUAAAGUGCUGUCUAAUUUGCUGGCGCUAUAUAAAUGAAUGAGGAUGGAGAGGAUGAAUUUGAAGACCCCAACCCCUCAGAAUAUUGUUAUAAAAGGUGAAGAAGCUGUCAUACCAGAGCCUUAUACAAAGGAGUCAUCUUAUUCGUUGCAAAAGUAAAGCCACUGCUGCUCAAUGCUGUGUAUUUCCCUUACUGUAUGUGUAACUGGCAGCCAUAUUGGGGCUGCUAACACUAUGCAAGGGUAGAACCAUCCUGGAAGGGGCAUGGGGUGGAUUCUCUGCCAGCUGAAAUACAACAGAAUCCACUGCAUGUGCCAUAGCCCUUAUAUGGAUCUUAAUGUAAUAUAUUAUCCCUGAGUUAUCAGAGAGAAAUGUUUAGAUCUCUGUUGCACACACAAAGUAUAAGGCUUCUGUUGUGAUGACUCUCAUAAUCUUAUUUUGUGAUUGGCCUCGGCCACUAUUUACUUGGCCUCGGCCACUAUUUACUUCUAGUCCCAGGGAAGUAGUGGAUCCAGUAAAUGCUGGAAGUCUUUCCCUGACUUGUGCUUCUCCCAUGGUGCCAGUCACACAGGAAUUGGGCGAUUUGCUCAUUUUGCAGAAUGGCAUCAGGUUGCUGUUGAUGUCUGACUCAGUAACACAAGGUGGGAGGGGGAAUUUCAUGUGAAUACAAAAUCAGAAGUUUUAUUGUAAUUGAAUUUUUGCCUCUUUGCCCCAUACUGGGCCUCUCCCACUGAGCGUUCCAGGGCUGUGCCUUCAGUCUGUCUGCUCCUGGUAGUUUCCUUCAGCUGAAACAUGACUGACAGGAUGGACUAAAAAAAACCAUUGGGUUAGGGGGUGUUCUUGUGAGCAAAGGGCUACUGUGUGGCACCCCUCCUUCUUUAAUGAUCAGAAAUGGAGUAGGACACGUCCUGUCUUGCAGAAUUUUGUAUUUAAUGCUUGUAUUUAUUUUCCAAUGCAUAAUAAAUUAUAUAUAAUGUGCCAUACAUAUUGUACAUAGCGCAUGAGCUGAGGAUAUUGUUUAUAAAUGGGAAAACAACAAGAUUUUUAUUCAAUAAAAUGACAUUCAGACAACA